CAAGUACCAGCUUAUAUUUUUAUUUAAUUACGAACUAUAAUAAUUAUUAUUGAAUAAUAAUUUGUUAUGUACUUCUGUUUACUAUUAUACAGGAAAUCUAGUGCUCAAAGCGCAUUUUGGUAGAUAUUCAGUUUCAUUAUUGCGCAACUAAACGUAAGUCGAUUGUAGUGUCUAAAAAUAUAAAUCAAUUGUAAUAGUUAAUAACAAUACAAUGAAUUUAAGUCUGUUCGAUAUUCGAUAAAGUUAUUAUAACUUGAUAUUCGUGAGAUUUUAUUCGAAAAGUUAUAACAUAUAAACCAAAAUGAAGACUUUUCAACGGUUAGUUAUUCUAACAAUCUUCGGCUUUUGCGCAGCAGAUCCUCUUGUGAGAUAUCAACCAGAACAAAUCCAUUUGUCAUUGGGUGAAUCUGAAACUGAGAUAGUUGUUACAUGGACGACAUGGAACAAUACAGACGAAUCAGUGGUAAAAUAUGGAAUUAACGGACCAAUUCUUAAGGCUACAGGUACUUCUACAUUAUUUGUAGACGGUGGUGAACUCCACCGUACUCAGUAUAUACACCGUGUCAGGCUUGCUGGAUUACAAUCAUCCAGUAAAUAUGUGUAUUACUGUGGAAGUAAUCAAGGCUGGUCUCCCCGGUUUUGGUUUAAAACUGUUCCUAGGGAUACCAAUUGGUCACCUAGCCUUGCUUUUUUUGGUGAUUUGGGUAAUGUAAAUGCACAAUCUCUUCCUAGAUUACAAGAGGAAACUGAACGAGAACUCUAUGAUAUGAUACUUCAUAUUGGUGAUUUCGCAUAUGAUAUGGAUAGUGAAAAUGCCAAAGUUGGAGAUGAAUUCAUGCGCCAAUUGGAACCGAUAGCUUCAUAUGUACCAUACAUGACUUGUCCUGGCAAUCACGAGCAAAAAUAUAAUUUCAGCAAUUAUAAAGCUCGUUUCAGUAUGCCUGGUGGCUAUGAGAACAUGAUGUAUAGUUUUAAUUUAGGACCAGCUCACUUUAUUAGUAUUUCGACAGAGUUUUACUAUUUCCUUUAUUAUGGGAUUAAACCAGUUGUUUUACAAUAUGAAUGGCUUGUUAAUGAUCUUAAAGAAGCAAAUAAACCUGAAAACCGAAAACAGAGACCAUGGAUAAUUGUUUAUGGUCAUAGACCAAUGUAUUGUUCAGACGACGAUAAAGAUGAUUGUACAUAUCAUGAAACAAUCACUAGGGUUGGUCUCCCAUUACUCCAUUGGUUUGGGUUAGAAAAACUAUUUUAUGAUAAUGGAGUUGACUUGUGUCUUUGGGGCCAUGAACAUACAUAUGAAAGAAUGUGGCCUGUGUAUGACCAUACUGUUUAUAAUGGCUCUUACUUAGAACCGUAUACAAAUCCAGGAGCACCAGUUCAUAUUACAUCUGGUUCUGCUGGUUGCCAAGAAAGAACUGACAAUUUUAUUCCAAACCCUCCAGAUUGGUCAGCAAUUAGAAAUAGUGAUUAUGGUUAUGGCCGUAUGAAGAUUUAUAAUAGUACACAUUUAUAUGUUGAACAAGUGUCUGAUGACAAGGAUGGCGAGGUAAUAGAUCAUAUUUGGCUCAUCAAGGAUCAUCAUAAGCCAUAUGGAAAAUCAACUUCAAAAUAAUUAUUGACUAAAUCAAUUUGUUUUUAAACUAUCUAAAUAAUAUUAUAAUCUAAGUUUACAAAAUGUUAAUAACUUGUACACAUACAGAUUAAACACUAUUCUUUAUAAACUGUUAUGGUUGUACCUAUAUUAUAUAUUAGUUAAAUUAUAUUCAUGAUUAAAGUAUACUUAAUACUUAUAUGUUAUAUGUAGGGCUGGGAUUUUGAUGCACUUUGCAUUGUUUUACAAAGCUUACUGUGCAAUGCUCGUCUUGUCACAAGUUUGUUUUAUGUACAUUUGAAUGAGAAUAAGAAAGUUUAUUUUGCA